UCACACAAAGCUGUUAUAUGAUUCCCCAAGUUUUGAUACAUAGUGCACAAAUGGAAAGUCAAAUGGAUUACUUUUAUGUGGGUUUGUUGUUGCUUUUUGUCUUAUUUGGAGCUUGACAGGCCAUGGUCUUUGCUUUUAUUGUAUGAAAAAAGCAGCAUUAAAAUUCAGCAAAACAUUUACUUUAGUGUUCUAUGAAAGAAAGUAAGUCAUACAACAUGGAAUGACAUGAUGGUGAGUAAAGGAUUUUUAUUUUUGGGUGAACACUCCCUGUAACGUCUUGAUAAGAGUUAUGCUUUUUUAAAGCAUUUUUCCAUAAGCAACUUGCUUUUAAUCACUAUGUAAAUCCGUACAUGACUGCACAUUUGAUCAUCGUUGAGUGGGGGUUCUAUCAAUAUUCAUGCCAGUCUUCCCAUUUCAAACGAAAGACUUUUUUUCCUCUCACUUACAUGAGAUCCCUUUGAUGGAGCAGCAUGGAAGCGAAUGUGUUUUGUUCAUCCGGCUCCUUCUACCCAUGACAACCUCAGAGACAAGCCAAAUCAAACCAGACCACCUCAAUCCAAACAGCAGACAAACCAUGAAAAUGAGAAAGAUUAGAGAGAGAGAGAGAGAGAGAGAGAGGCAUUACUACGAUAGACUUGAAAGCUACUCAGCUUUUAUUUCUAGUACUUUAAACUGGAAAUAUAUUAGAGGAAGGAAGGCUGAAAAGAUGAAGAGCAGAACUGUCAGUGAAAUCGGUAGAUUCGUGGCCCCCUGAUCUGUGCAGUGGAGUCCACAGUCUCCUGCCAUUUCUUGCACUCACCAUUUCUAUCGGUGGGGUGCUCGUCAUUAAUUCAUUACGUUGAGCACACUAAAUUAGUCCUCGUUAGCCACCGACUGUUUGCUUUAUUUUAUUUGACAUCAUUAGCCCUUCAAUAAGAGAGCAUUUAUAGCCCCCUCACCUAGCAACCUGCAUCUGUGAGCAAGCAGGCAGGGACUGCUACCCCAGCCCCCCUCACUUACCCUUGGCCCACACGGCUUCCCAGACCCCCCGACCACCCUCUGGUCCCCACACCUCCCGUGUCUCGUUGGGAGAGUCAAACAGAUGUCUGUGGCCCAGGUGCCUCCCCUGAUGACGUGUGUCAUGCGUUGGUGACAGGGCAACGACAGGCAUACACUCUCUCCUUCCUGCGCUCUCUCUCUCUCUCUGUAGACACUUAUAAGUUCGGACACUUUUUUUUCCAAUGAGCCAUCUAUUACUGAUCAGUUUUUGAAGCUUAACUUGCAAUGGAUGCUGAAGGACUUUGCAAGCACCAUUGAAGUAGACAUAAAGUUGUGUUGGGGUUCUGACGCUCGGACACAAGAAUAACAUAUGGGAGAUCUAGGCUCACGGAUGCCUGUUUCUGCUGGAUGCCAUGAACGCAGGGAACAGACCCAAGGGAGAGCCAUUGCUGUCAAAUGAGUCAUGAGGUCAACAAGGGCUUUGUCUCUGAGAGACUUUAUCACCUGUGCAUUUUGAACCAAAGCUACAUUUUUGUUCAGAACUUUUAUUAGGGCCCUUUUGGCUUUUUUGUGGCCUCACCGCCUACUUGAGACUCUGAACAUUAAAUCUUCUCGGGGUAACAAGAGAGACCUCCUUGAGGAAAAAAAAAAGAACCAGGAGAGGAAUCAUCAAACUGGACACCAUGACAAGAAAAGUCCAAGCGAGGAGAGUUUUGCAACCUCUCUGCACAGAAAUGAAGGCACAGAAAUCAUGGAUAGAAAGAGCUUUCAGCAAGAGAGAAUGUGUGCACAUUAUUGUAAGCACCAAAGACCCCCAUAGAUGCUGUUGUGGCAGACUAAUUGGUCAACAUGUUGGCCUGCCCCCCAGCAUCUCAUCCAAUCAGAAUGAGAAGUCAGACCGUGUGCCAAAGAAUGACAGCUUGUCAGAGAAGUGGUCCAUCAGCAAGCACACCCAGCUCAGUCCCACUGAUGCCUUUGGAACCAUUGAGUUCCAGGGAGGUGGACACUCCAACAAAGCAAUGUACGUACGAGUGUCUUAUGACACUAAGCCAGACUUACUGCUGCAUCUGAUGACGAAGGAAUGGCAACUGGAGCUUCCCAAGCUUCUCAUCUCUGUUCAUGGAGGACUUCAGAACUUCGAGCUGCAGCCCAAACUCAAGCAGGUUUUUGGCAAGGGUCUAAUCAAGGCUGCCAUGACCACUGGGGCCUGGAUCUUCACUGGAGGAGUUAACACUGGUGUCAUCAGGCAUGUUGGAGAUGCUUUAAAAGACCACGCUUCCAAAUCGAGGGGAAAGAUCUGCACUAUUGGCAUUGCCCCCUGGGGGAUUGUGGAGAACCAGGAAGACCUGGUGGGCAAAGAUGUGGUCCGGCCGUACCAGACAAUGUCUAACCCUCUCAGUAAGCUAACGGUACUCAACAGCCUACACUCCCACUUCAUUUUGGCUGAUAAUGGCACCACCGGAAAGUAUGGAGCAGAAGUCAAACUGCGCAGGCAGCUAGAGAAACACAUCUCUCUGCAAAAGAUCAACACGCGGAUCGGACAGGGUGUUCCAGUGGUGGCUCUGAUAGUGGAGGGGGGUCCAAAUGUGAUCUCUAUCGUACUGGAGUACCUGAGAGACACUCCACCAGUGCCUGUGGUGGUGUGUGAUGGCAGCGGUCGUGCCUCUGACAUCCUGGCUUUUGGGCACAAGUACUCAGAGGAAGGCGGAAUCAUAAACGAAUCUCUGAGAGACCAGUUAUUAGUCACCAUUCAGAAGACGUUUACAUACAGUCGGACGCAGGCCCAGCAUCUGUUCAUCAUUCUGAUGGAGUGCAUGAAGAAGAAAGAACUGAUAACAGUGUUUCGGAUGGGAUCAGAGGGACACCAGGACAUUGAUCUGGCUAUUCUAACAGCUCUUCUGAAAGGGGCCAAUGCAUCAGCUCCAGAUCAACUGAGCCUGGCUUUGGCCUGGAACAGAGUUGACAUCGCUCGGAGCCAGAUCUUCAUUUACGGACAGCAGUGGCCUGUGGGCUCUCUAGAGCAGUCUAUGCUGGACGCACUGGUGCUGGACAGAGUGGACUUUGUGAAGCUUUUGAUUGAGAAUGGAGUGAGCAUGCAUCGUUUCCUGACGCUGUCCCGACUUGAAGAGCUCUAUAAUACGAGGCAUGGUCCAUCCAACACCUUGUACCACCUUGUCAGAGAUGUGAAAAAGGGUAACCUGCCCCCUGACUACCGAAUCAGCCUGAUUGACAUCGGAUUGGUAAUUGAAUACCUCAUGGGUGGAGCCUAUCGCUGCAAUUACACCAGGAAGAGAUUUCGGACCCUCUAUCACAACCUUUUUGGACCCAAAAGACCAAAAGCCCUGAAGCUGCUUGGAAUGGAGGAUGACAUGCCCAUUAGGCGAGGACGUCAAAAGACCACACGGAAGCGAGAAGAGGAAGUAGACAUUGACCUGGAUGACCCAGAAAUCAAUCACUUCCCUUUCCCGUUUCAUGAGCUGAUGGUUUGGGCAGUGCUGAUGAAACGGCAGAAGAUGGCCCUGUUCUUCUGGCAACAUGGCGAGGAGGCCAUGGCUAAAGCACUGGUUGCCUGUAAGCUGUGUAAGGCAAUGGCCCACGAAGCAUCAGAGAACGACAUGGUAGAUGACAUUUCACAGGAACUCAAUCAGAACUCAAGGGAGUUUGGUCAGCUGGCUGUUGAGCUGCUCGAUCAGUCCUAUAAGCAGGAUGAACAGAUGGCCAUGAAGCUGUUGACCUACGAGCUGAAGAACUGGAGUAAUGCCACCUGUCUGCAGCUGGCAGUGGCUGCCAAGCACAGGGACUUCAUCGCCCACACCUGUAGCCAGAUGCUUCUCACUGACAUGUGGAUGGGACGUCUGCGCAUGCGCAAGAACUCUGGCCUGAAGGUUAUCUUGGGCCUACUUCUCCCCCCUUCCAUAUUGAGUCUUGAGUUUAAAAAUAAGGACGAGAUGUCAUAUAUGCCUCAGGAUCAGGACACCUACCUGCAGGAGAAGGAUGUAGAUGAACCUGAGAAGCAAGCUAAGGAGAAAGAGGAGGAGGACAUGGAGUUCACAGUAAGAUCUUACUGUGAGACGCAGUACAACUCCGUGGCCAUGCUUGGAAACGUCAGUUCAGAAGCGUCACGUAAGAAACAGGUGGAGGAGGUUCAAAACCGCCAUCGGCUGAUUCCAUUGGGUCGCAAAAUUUACGAGUUUUACAACGCCCCUAUCGUCAAGUUCUGGUUUCACACGCUGGCCUAUGUGGGAUACUUGAUGCUCUUCAACUAUAUUGUGCUAGUGAAGAUGGACCUGUGGCCCUCUCCUCAGGAGUGGAUUGUCAUUGCCUACAUCUUCACCAAUGGCAUUGAGAAGAUGAGAGAGAUCCUCAUGUCAGAGCCAGGGAAGCUCCUGCAGAAAGUGAAAGUGUGGUUACAGGAAUACUGGAACGUCACUGACCUCAUGGCCAUCCUCAUCUUCUCCAUUGGGAUGGUGCUCCGCCUACAAGACCCGCCCCUGAUGAGCUACGGGAGGGUCAUUUACUGCGUCAAUAUCAUUUAUUGGUACAUACGACUGCUUGACAUCUUCGGGGUGAACAAAUACCUGGGUCCAUACGUCAUGAUGAUCGGCAAGAUGAUGAUUGACAUGAUGUAUUUUGUUAUCAUCAUGUUGGUGGUGCUUAUGAGUUUCGGGGUGGCACGGCAGGCAAUCCUUAAUCCCAAUGAGGACCCAUCCUGGAUGCUGGCACGCAACAUCUUCUUCAUGCCAUACUGGAUGAUCUAUGGAGAGGUGUUUGCUGACCAAAUCGACCCUCCAUGUGGUCAGAACAUCACCACAGAGGAAGGAGUCAUCGUGACUCUCCCACCCUGCAAAACCGGAGCUUGGAUCGUCCCCGCCAUCAUGGCCUGCUACUUGCUGGUGGCCAACAUCCUUCUGGUUAAUUUGCUCAUUGCUGUCUUUAAUAACACAUUCUUUGAAGUGAAGUCCAUCUCCAACCAGGUGUGGAAGUUCCAGAGGUACCAGCUAAUCAUGACCUUCCAUGAACGUCCUGUCCUUCCUCCUCCACUCAUCAUCUUUAGCCACAUAACUAUGGUCCUCAAACACCUCUGCUGUCGCUGGAGAAAGCAUGAUGAGGAUGAGCGGGACUAUGGGCUGAAGCUCUUCAUUACUGAAGAUGAACUGAAGAAGGUACAUGACUUUGAAGAGCAGUGCAUGGAGGAGUAUUUCAGAGAGAAAGACGAUCGCUUCAAUUCCUCCAAUGACGAGAGGAUACGUGUGACAUCUGAAAGGGUGGAGAACAUGGCGAUGCGUCUGGAGGAGGUAAAUGAGAGGGAACAUUUCAUGAAAGCGUCCCUGCAGACUGUGGACAUCCGGCUCGCUCAGAUGGAGGAGAUGAUCGGCCGCAUUGCUGUGGCACUGGAACGGGUUGCUGUUAUGGAUCGAGGCGAAGUCAACAAAGCCCGGUCCAGGACGUCAUCUGACUGCACAGAUACAAAUUACAUCCUGCGCCAGAGCAGUUUCAACAGCCAAGAAGGCAAUUCCUACAGGCUACAGGAGUCUCUGGAGCAAGGUGGCGAGGAGUCCAUUUCCCCUACAUCUCCAACCGCUCUGGCCCCACGUGUCCGCAGUCACUCCUUCUACGUGAGCCACUCUUCCAAAGAUAGGAGCGGAGCAGAUCGGGGAGAAGGCUUCUUUAAAGAUAGACUGUUCAGCCUCCAUCGGGCCAACAGCUCGCAGUCCGUGUCCUCGGGAGCAGGUCCCAAAGAGUCCAAGCCCACACCUUUGAAUACUUUAUCUGUGCAGCAGCAGCUUCGCCCUUCUUCCUGCAUAGACAUCUAUGUUUCUGCCUCAGAGGACGUCCCGCCUACUGACAGCUUCUUGGAGCCAGUCCGGACAGUUCCAUCUCUCGCUCGAGACUCAUCUCUCCAUUCUGAAAUCAUGGAGGCGAUGCUCUCAGGGGGACGGGACUGCAGUGGAAGGGCAGGGGGCAGCGAAAGACAGUCGGACGGUACGGUCCUGUAUGAGGACAGUGCCGCCGCUGACCUAUCACUCUGCUCUGCCCACCUGCUGCCAGAUACCUUGCCCCCCUGGGACCUGGACCCCUCGCCGCCACCAUCAGCUGGGGUUCUGGAGCGGUCCAAGAGCAGUCGCUUCCUAUCCACAGCAGGGCCUCUGUUUCUGGAUGAGCCACCGUUGGUUAAGUCGCACAGCCUGAUGUUCACGUCACGUGGUUACUAUGGUGGCAUGGGCGUGCAGGUGAAGGCAGCCGAAUAUACCAGCAUCACAGAUUGCAUUGACAUCCGUUGCGUCUCUACCCCUUACCCUGUCCCAGAGCGGUCUGACUCGCCUGGAGGCUCUUUCACAUUCGAUAAGCCCCAGGACCUGGGCGUCUCGCACCCUGAGAGAGACGCCGAGCUCAGUCACGCCGAGUCUGAUCCAGAGGAACCAGCAGAGGGGUCGGCAGACACAGGUAAGGGGGGUCAAAGUAGCAGUAGCGGGGGAAUAGGCGCAGACUUGGGCCUGGGCCUCGCGGUGGGCCCGUUUUGCUCACCGAUCUCUAGACUAGAACGAGCAAACAGCUGCUCCUCCUCGGAGGAGUCGCACUCCAACAUCUACUCCCGGAAGAGCUUCUCCAUAAGUGAGAGAAUGGACAAGGGCCGUGGAAGCUCAAGGAAUCCUUUCCAGAAGGCUAGAGCCGGGGCAAGGCUGGAGGGUAAGACAGAUUCGCUGUCCAUGAGGAAACUGGCCAAACCUUCGGCGUUCCGAAGUUUUGACAGCAGACACAAUUUCACGUGAUGAUGGCAGACCAGUAGUGAUGGCAUUGUAGAUCUAGUUCCUUUAGGAUGGCUCUACCUCGUUUAAAAUCCAAGGGCCAGUCCGUUAAUUAGUACUGUCUGAUUGAGUAAUUAGCUGUACACUGGAAUGUUUUAUAAUGGGUAUCAACUUCAUUUCCUUUUAUAACACUGCAAUGCAAAGUCAGAACUCAUACAUUCAGAACCUGACCACUGCCAUUAGGCCGUCAUUAGUUCCAGUUCCCUUAAACUCGAAAGUGCUCUGAAAGUGCUAGGGGGGAUAUAUAUUUGAGAUUAAAGGCCUAUCAACACCAAGACGACUGUUUGGUGCGAAAAUUUGGUGCGAUAAACAUUUGAAGAAAACUGGCCAAUCAAUAAGAUUUGUGCUUUUGGUCACAUGCUCAGAGCGUCUGCUGUUAAAGAAAAACGAUGAAUUAAUCACAACAGUAAAUAGCAGAAUCUAGAACUGGCUCUCUGGUCUCUGCUUCUCUUAUAUUUAGUGUUGUUUGAUAAACAUCACAGCGAAUACAAAAAUCUGAAUUUCUGUUUGAAAGCAUGUAAAUACUGCUUGACUUCCUUUUUCUCUCUGGCAAGUGAGUCUAAGAAACUGAAAGUUGCGGUGCACUUUGUGUACCGGGGUAAACAGAGUGUUUCUUCAUUGCGACUGUCUGAGAGUGAUUUUGCAUUUUGAAUGAUCAGACAUUAGCUAUGUUUUUUUUUUUUUCCACUUUAGUGUAAACAGACAAAUCGCAUGUGCAAAUCGGACUGAAUUAUUGUGCCGAACAUUCAUGUUGGUGUGAACAGGCCUUAACUAAACUUUGGGUCACCCUUGUCCCAGCAUGAAUCAUGCUCUCUCUCCAUAGACUUGAGAAGAUCCUACAGGCCUGGCAGAGUGGUGGUUACAUUCCAAAACAACUGAAACUUGAAAUGGAAACAAGUUUAGGACUGUGACAGUUGCAAACAUUUAAUGCUAAAGUUUGUUGUGUACACAAAGAUUUUUAACACUGAUGUUCUGUCAUUUCAAGCCCAUACCAGAUUAGUCGAACAUACACAUACUUUAUCUACCAUAAGAUGUUGAAUGUAGAAUAUAAUUAGCUUUAUUAUGAAAAAAUUAACCUUCUUGGGCCCUUGAUUUAUUUGUAGGCCCUUAUUGGGUAUAUACAACUGCAUUCAAAAAGCUUACAGUGGUUAGUAAUGUUAUAUGAGGUGUCUGAAUACAGCAUAAGGUUGUGCAGAAUUUAUUAAAUAAAUUAAACAGAUAUCACUUUUAAAGCACUAAAUGAUCAUGUUUUGUAUUUUGUAGUCUGUAUUGUUUCAAAUAUAACACAACAGGGUGUCCAUUUGAAGCUAUUUAAAUAAGACUAACCAGUUAAAGUAAACUAACAGCAUGUUUGGUAUGGAAUGCUAGUAUACUGCUUAGCGCACUGUAUAUACUGUAUACUGCAUACUAUUUAGUAUGUGGAAAAGUAAACAGUAUAUUAUGAUAAAUGUUUUUAAACAGUAGUAUGCUACACUGUUGUCAUCUAACAUGACUAUAUUGCAAGUUUAAUUUGGAAAAAUUUUGUAAAGAUGUAAAUUAUGAUUUGUUUUUUGGAUAAUACACUGCAAAUGAAAAGUCAAGCACAUUGUAUUGUCGGCUGCAGUAUUCCUACACAGUAUGAAUACACUGUUCAGAUUGAUAAAUGCACAUGUUGCGGUUCAUCUAAGUAUUUUCAUUCAUAUGUACUGCUGUGGUAAAAAAUAAAAAUAAUUAAAAAUAAAAUAGUAGUAUGAUAGUAUGCCAUUCCAAACAUACUUUUAGACUGUUGCAAGUGUUAAAAUGCACAGAGAACCUUUCCAAAAAGAAUUUAAAAGCAAAAAGUCUGAUUGUCUUUAUAUAAGUGUGUUAUUUUACACAGAACAGGUACUAUAUGUUGACUUGCUAUGCAAGAUGCCACAGAGAAUCGGUUGGUCAGUAUGAAGUGUUAUGCACUUUAAAGCAGGAGUUAUUAUCAUUAUGCACACCAGUCUUAUCACUAAUCAACCGGAUUGAGUUAAUAUGCUGGAAGGAUGUAAUGAAGAGUAAAUAAUAAUAUCUUUUUUUUUUUUUUUUUUUUCAGCAAGUUGUAUGCCUUGGCAGUUUUCUUCCUAUUUUAUGGUUAAUGGGUAUAUAUAUAUAUAUAUAUAUAUAUAUAUAUAUAUAUAUAUAUAUAUAUAUAUAUAUAUAUAUACAUACAUACAUAUGUUUGGGUUUUUGUUUAUGAUGAAAAUAUAUAAUUUUACUGCCUUGAUUUAUCAUAAUGGGCAUUCAGAAGGAUAAGGAGAUCUGGACAGAUAAAUCAAUCAGUCACUUUAAUUAAAGUAGAACAUUUACUGCUCUACAAGACACUGUUUUAAAUCGCUGUUUAACUUAAAUCAAAUGAAACAGUGCAGUUUAAAGCAAUACAGAAAUGUGAUUUGUAUCUCUGGCGUAAAUCCUAUUCAGUAUAGUCACUUUUUAGUAAAUGAAUUACUCCACCUAUUCCAUUUCCACUCAUUGGAUGUAUUUUAUUUGCCUUACAGAUGUGCAAUACUGCUAAGAGAUUUGAAAACAUUAUUACAGUCAGUGUUCUGAGAUGUUGAAAUGUACAUUUGGUAUUAGAGCUUGUAUGUGAACCAAAAACAUAAAACACUAAAAGACAUUAUUUUUUUGUGCAUAGCAGUAAUUCUAAUCACUGUGGUUUUCAAAUAACUAAUGAUUUUAAAAUCAAUAAUAGUGUGACAUUCAAUAUGUUUAUCAGAUUUGCUUCAUUUUUAUAUGAUUUCAAACAUUGUUUCUUAUUUGGGCCUGCUGUCCUUCACAAGGAAGGCGUCAACACUUCUACAAGGUGAUUAUACUGCAAAGAGCCUUAAAACGGAGGUAAAAUGAAUGCGUGAACAAUACACAGGCCCUUAAAACAUGUCCAUGCUGUAUUAUUUAGGCUAAUGCCAUUUAACAAACCCUCUUGUUGGACUGGUUCCAGCAAAAUAAGACAGAGAGGGCAUUUGAUGUAAGUUACUGAAUGCAAGUUUAUCUCACUAUCCUCUGCUUCGCUCUCUUGUUUGGGAUAGAAGAGUGAGCAUAUUUAUGACACUUGUUUUUCCACAUGUAAAUGUUGUGUAUAUGAUCUGUAAAUCUUUCUGUGGGUGUAAAAACAAAUUAGUUUAAUAUAAUAGGAUUUUAAGAGAACGUUUCUGUGUCUGAUAGAAGACAUUACACUAUGACAACCUACCCAGUGUGCCAAAAUGACAUAACUUAUAACUUUAUGUACAGUAUUUUCUUAAUAUUUUCCUAUACUGUAGCAUAAAAGGUUGUGAAUUGUAUACCACUUUUAGUCAAGUUUCUCUCCCCGCCACUUCUUUUUAAACUUAUUGGUGAGCACUUCUCUGCUAACAAGUCCAAGCACAUGUUUUCUGCAAUAAUGCUGUAGUUUGAACGGAAAGGUCUCAGUUUACUUAGUGUCUUUAAAAUGCAUGUUGUUCUUCCAAAAGAUACGAGCUGAGUGAGAGAUGAGAAAACGGAGAGCAAUGAUUUGAGGACUCUUGUCCUGCAGUAGAAGGCUUAAGUAUUUGGAUGCAAAUACAAAUGUGUAUACUGUAUUCCUCAAUGUGAAUAAGAUGUUUGGCAUGUAUUAACAAAUAAAAGAAUAUAUAUAAUUCAAAA